AUGCGAGACAAUUUCGACCGCAAAUUUUUGGGCGACCACGUUAGACUGUGCCAUUUCCGGAACCACUUCGAGUUUCAACCUUUAAAGGCCUGGGUGUAUCGUGAUGGAUUUGCAAGACUUUCAAAUGUCGGGUUUUCGAUGGAUUCAAUUACUGACCAAUACGUCCACUUAACUAACGUUGCAAUUCAAAAGAUGGCCCCAGACUACGAUGUGAUGAAGGGUUGCAAAUGGUCCAUUUGCCGUCUUCGGCGGUACUUGCUUGCCAGACAUGGAUUUGAAAGGGUAAAUAGGCUCUUUCAUGAAAUUGACAGUAUCUUCGUUCUAAGCUUGUUGAGCGUUCAAAAUAUAAUGAUAAACGACAAGCACUGCUUUGAACUCUACGGCUACGAUAUUCUAUUGGAUGAAAACCUUAAGCCUUGGCUUCUCGAAGUAAAUGCCUCACCGUCCCUGACCGCCAGUUCAAAUGAAGACUACGCACUUAAGGUAACGUCUGUCCCUCCACCCUCAAUUUCGCUGCUGCCAUUCGUGCAGGAUCCUGAGGUGAAAUUAUUGGAUGAUACUCUGAACGUAAUUGACAUGGAAGGUCGUCUUAGCGGUAAUGAGCGUCGUAUUGGUGAUUUCGACUGCAUAUGGGAUGACGGUCCCAUCGCCCCCGUUACUAGUGCUUCUCAGGCUCUUCUCACUGGAAUGCUUGAUGACCUGAACCAUGACACAGCCUCCAUUCAUAAAGCAUCACGGCAAAUACGAUACCCUCGAAAAAUAACGCACAGGACUGCAAAUAGUGGUCCUGGUGUCCAGAAAAGUGGCAAAGCUGACCUCGCUGACCUGGCUCGACUGGAAACGUAUCGAGAAAUGUUGCGCAAAGGAGAAUCUCUAACUGGUGAUCAAGAGAAGGCGGUUGCUGAAUAUGAUUCUGUUUGUCAAUUAAUAGAGGCUCUGAAAGAGACCUCUGACAUAUUAGGCGAGAUUCAAGCUAAAGUCGAUAAUGCUGUAAAGGAAAAUGAGAAAUAUAUGGAGUUCCUGCGUGUCGAGCAUGCUGUCGAUAUUAUCCAAAAGCUUUGGCCUGUGUUGGAAGUUCUUUCGAAGAUAAAGUCACCAGCCGUAAAAGCGGCUAUUGUAAAGGUUUCUUCAUCGCGGGAGUUGAGCAUACUCGAGAAUGCAUCAAAAUCCCUUACCGUGUCACUUCCUCAAGGGGUCACUGUAGACGAAAUCGAAUCAGGCGAUUUAUUCCGUCAACAAGCUGAGUAUUUGUAUAAACUAGCGGAUGGAUCGCAAAAUUCUGUUGGUAGCAGGAGCAAUAAGUCUCGUUCGCGUACAUUUGCCGAAAUCCGUAAAUGUUGCUUAAAUCUUCUUGCGAAUGAAGAUGUGCGAUCGGCUCUCUCGUCCCUAUCCGCUGAUUUUGCAAAAAAGAAAACUGCUCCUGUGAAUGAUCAGUCAAAGCCAAUUGAAGUCACAGAUGCACCCACAGUGGCGGUCGAAACUGUCACUCAGCCAGAGCCCCAAAAGGUGACCAUGCAGUCUGCAAUGUCUUUCACCGACCCACUUCCUGCCGAGGCAAUACUUGACAGUGUUAUCAAUCCUUUAAAAACGGACUUUAACUUUCUUCAGGCAUCGCAAGUUGGUCCGGUUUCCGUGGUGUAUGACUUGUCUCACCCAAUUGCCCGACCUCCCCCACAUCCGGUACCACCUCAACAGUCUUCACCUCAAGUGUCUGGGGCAACAGUACCUGUCUCUUCGCAUGUUCCCGCUACAACUCUCCAUCAAUCCGACACUUUUGAUAAGCGACAGGAACCCGUCUCGGUCAACGUACCAGAACCUCAAUUAGUUAACCAUGCGUUGACGCCACCAUCAGAGGAAAUGUCGACUGGGGCGGUAAACAAUGGCGACUCCCUAGUGCCUGUCGAACCAGUCGUUGAAAAACCAAAGUUAAAGCAGAAAUCAAGGCGUGGUGGCGCCAAUAAAGUACUCAAAGAGCAUCAACAGGAUCAGUCUCGUAUGGCCCCUUUACAGAAUGUAAUUGACGCGGAGGUCCCUCAACAGCAAACUGGUAAACAUGCGGAAAUGACAUGGGCUGAUCGGGUUCGUGGAGCUGCAACUAAUCAAGUAAAUGAGGUUGUGCCUCCGUCCACUGGAGUCCAAAAUGGUAAUAAUGACCCACCUCCGAUCCGGAGCCAGCCUACGCAGCAUCAAGAGCCUCGCAGUCACAGACCGCCUCGCCCGACCCAUAGCGGUGGUGAAUUGAACGCCAGUAGACCAGGUGGAAGGGGUUUUCGUGGUGGCGGAAGAGGCCGUGGAACGGGUGGAAUGUCAUACAGAGGUGAGUUCUUUAGUUUCGUCAAUCGUAAUAUUGUCGUUCUGAACAAGCUGAAAAGUGAUCAGUUCUUUUAA